CCCGUUUUCCUUAGGCUUGAAGCCAUGGCGGGACCUGGGGGUUGGAGGGACAAGGAGGUCACGGAUCUGGGACACUUGCCGGAUCCUACUGGAAUUUUCUCACUAGAUAAAACCAUUGGUCUUGGUACUUAUGGCAGAAUAUAUCUGGGACUCCAUGAAAAGACCGGUGCAUUUACAGCUGUUAAAGUGAUGAAUGCUCGUAAGACCCCUUUACCUGAAAUAGGAAGACGAGUGAGAGUGAAUAAAUAUCAAAAGUCUGUGGGGUGGAGAUACAGCGAUGAAGAAGAAGAUCUCAGGACUGAACUCAAUCUUCUCAGGAAGUACUCUUUCCAUAAAAACAUUGUAUCUUUCUAUGGUGCAUUUUUCAAGCUGAGUCCCCCUGGCCAAAGGCAUCAACUUUGGAUGGUGAUGGAGUUAUGUGCAGCAGGCUCAGUCACUGAUGUAGUGAGGAUGUCCACAAAUCAGAGUUUAAAGGAAGAUUGGAUUGCUUACAUCUGCCGAGAAAUUCUUCAGGGCUUAGCUCACCUUCACGCACACCGAGUAAUUCACCGGGACAUCAAAGGUCAGAAUGUGCUACUGACUCAUAAUGCUGAAGUAAAGUUGGUGGAUUUUGGAGUGAGUGCCCAGGUGAGCAGAACUAAUGGAAGGAGAAAUAGCUUCAUUGGAACACCAUACUGGAUGGCACCUGAGGUGAUUGACUGUGACGAGGAUCCAAGACGUUCUUAUGACUACAGAAGUGAUGUCUGGUCCGUGGGAAUCACAGCUAUUGAAAUGGCUGAAGGGGCUCCUCCUCUGUGUAACCUUCAGCCCUUGGAAGCUCUCUUCGUUAUUUUGCGGGAAUCUGCUCCCACAGUCAAAUCCAGUGGAUGGUCCCGCAAGUUCCACAAUUUCAUGGAAAAGUGCAUGAUAAAAAAUUUCCUAUUUAGUCCUACUUCUGCAAACAUGCUUCAUCACCCAUUUGUUCGGGAUAUAAAAAAUGAACCACAUGUUAUUGAGUCACUAACAAAGCAUCUUACUGGUGUCAUUAAAAAACGGCAGAAAAAAGGGAUACCGCUGAUCUUUGAAAGAGAAGAAGCCGUUAAGGAACAGUAUACCAUGAGAAGAUUCAGAGGACCCUCUUGCACUCAUGAGCUUUUGAGAUUGCCCACCAGCAGCAGAUGUAGACCACUUAGAGUCCUGCAUGGAGAACCGUCUCAGCCAAGGUGGUUACCUGAUCGAGAAGAGCCACGGGUCCAGGCACUUCAGCAACUACAGGGAGCAGCCAGGGUGUUCAUGCCACUACAGGCUCAGGACAAUGCACCUAGGUCUUUACAGGGGCAGGCUCAGGCAUCUCAGCGAUUACAAGGAGCAGCUCGGGUGUUCAUGCCACUACAGCCUCAGGUUAAGGUUAAGGCAUCUAGGCCUCUACAGAUGCAAAUUAAGGCACCACCAAGACUAAGGAGAGCAGCCCGAGUGCUUAUGCCACUACAGGCUCAGGGCAAGGCACCUAGGCCUUUACAAGUACAAGCCCAGGUACCUAAAGAGCAGCAAGUUCAGGUCCAGACCCAGGCAUCAAAAGAGCCACAAGAUCUGGACCAGGUGCCAGAGGAAUUUCAGGGGCAAGAUCAGGUACCUGAUCAACAACCAAGGCAAGGUCAGGUCCCUGAACAACAACCGAGGCAGAACGAGGUACCUGAACACCAGCUGGAGCAGAACCAGGCACAUGAACAGCCAGAGGUACAGGAGCAGGCUGCUGAGCCCACACAGGCAGAAACUGAGGCAGAUGGACCUGAGUCAUUACGAGUACAUGCCCAGGUAUUCCUGCCCCUAUUGUCACAGAACCACCAUGUGCUAUUGCCACUACAUUUAGAUACUCAGGUGCUCAUACCAGUAGAAGGGCAAACUGAUGGGUCAUUUCAGGCACAGGCCUGGGCACUAGAGCCCUCACAGACAGUUGGCUCAGUUCAAGCACUGAUAGAGGGACUAUCAAGAGACUUGCUCCGAGCACCAAACUCACAUAACUCAAAGCCACUGGGUCCACUGCAAACCCUGAUGGAAAACUUGUCAUCAAAUAUGUUUUACUUUCAACCAGAACAUGUAAGGAAGAAAAAGUCAAAAGUUUCCAGUCUAAAGCAGGCACUAGCCAAAAGACUGUCACCGAAAAGGUUCAGGGCAAAGUCAUCACAAAGACCUGAAGAGCUUGAACUCUCAGAUUUAGAAGCCCACAGGCGAAGGCGCCAACGCAGAUGGGAGGAUAUCUUUAAUCAGCAUGAGGAAGAAUUGAGAGAAGUUGAAAAUGAGAAAGAAGAUGAAUCAUCAGACAAUGAUGAAGUAUUUCAUUCAAUUCAGGCAGAAGUCCAAAUAGAACCAUUUCAGCCAUAUGUUCCAAAUCCUAAAAGAAAUGAGGUCCAGGAGAUACCUACUUCUCUGCCUUAUGACCAGGAUCGAGUACACCAUGUCAAGUUCUCUUUAAGUGUUUCUCGGCAGUCUCUUUUGGAACAAGCUCAGAAGCCCAUUGACAUCAGACAAAGGAGUUCCCAAAAUCCUCAGAAUUACCCAGCAGCAUCAGGUGAUUCAAAGCACAGAGAUGAAAUAUCUGUGACCAGGAGGAGGUCCCAGUCAUCACCACCUUAUUCUACUAUUGAUCAGAAGUUGCUGGUUGAUGUCCAUGUUCCAGAUGGAUUUAAAGUAGGAAAAAUAUCACCCCCCGUAUACUUGACAAAUGAAUGGGUAGGCUAUAAUGCACUCUCUGAAAUCUUCCGGAAUGAUUGGUUAAUUCCUGCACCUGUCAUUCAGCCACCUGAAGAAGAUGGUGAUUAUGUUGAACUCUAUGAUGCCAGUGCUGAUACUGAUGGUGAUGAUGAUGAUGAUUCUAAUGAUGCUUAUGAAGAUACCUAUGACCAUGCCACUGGCAGUGAUGACUUGGAUAACCAUGUUGAUCAGGCCAUUGCUGUGUGUGAAGCUUAUAAUGAUGAUGACAACAAUGAUGAGUCUGUUGAAGGUGUAGAUGAUGUGCCCAGAGGGCCAAGGGCAAGUUGUAACAGAGAUGGAAGCUGUAAGGAAGAUGGUAGUGAUGGAAGUGAUGGAAAAGAAGGAGUCUGUAGAGGCAAUGGAAGCCAUAGGACCAGUAGAAGAAGUGGCAGAAGUGCAGCCAGUGCAGCCAAUACAGCCACUGAAGAGCAAGAAGGAUAUGGAGCCAAUAUAGGCAGUGCAAUAAGAGACAACAGGUAUAUGGGAAGUAAAGCAGUCAGUGGAACCAAUGAAGAGAGUGGAGGUCUUGAACUUAAUGCAAGAGAAAAUUGCUCAGAGACAGAUGGUCCAGGAUUGGAGAGACCUGCAUCCCAGAACUUUGAAUGUCACCAGGAGGGGCCAGGUGGUGGAAGUGAGACCCUAGGCACCAUUGCCUCAGGUGUUGCACCCCUUGCACCUGAUGAGAAUGACAAUAAGGACUUAUCGGAAUCAUUAACACAAUCAGGUUUUCCUGCCAACUACUCAUUUCCUUCCAAAGGUUCUGGGAGGUCUGCUGAUGCUGAAUUUGCCAGUGCCAUCUUAUAUACUGGUUUCGUAGAAGUACCUGAGAAAUCACUUAAGCGACCUUCUGAGGUCAAUGUUAACCCACUCUAUGUCUCUCCUGCAUGUAAAAAACCACUAAUCCACAUGUAUGAAAAGGAAUUCACUUCUGAGAUCUGCUGUGGUUCUUUGUGGGGAGUCAAUUUGCUGUUGGGAACACGAUCUAAUCUGUACUUGAUGGACAGAAGUGGAAAGGCAGAGAUUACUAAACUUAUAAAGCGAAGACCAUUCCUCCAGCUUCAAGUUGUGGAGCCACUCAAUUUGCUGAUUACCAUCUCUGGCCGUAAGAACAGACUUCGGGUGUAUCAUUUGACCUGGCUCAGGAAUAAGAUUUUGAAUAAUGAUCCAGGGAGUAAAAGAAGACAAGAGGAAAUGUUGAAGACAGAAGAAGCUUACAAAGCUAUUGAUAAAUUAACAGGCUGUGAACAUUUCAGUGUCCUCCAACAUGAAGAAACAACUUAUAUUGCAAUUGCUUUGAAAUCAUCAAUUCACCUUUAUGCAUGGGCACCAAAGUCUUUUGAUGAAAGCACUGCAAUUAAAGUAUUUCCAACACUUGGUCAUAAGCCUGUGACAGUUGACUUGGCUAUUGGUUCUGAAAAAAGACUAAAGAUUUUCUUCAGCUCAGCAAAUGGAUAUCACAUCAUCGAUGCAGAAUCUGAGGUUAUGUCUGAUGUGACCCUACCAAAUAAUCCCCUGGAAAUCAUUAUACCACAGAAUAUCAUCAUUUUACCUGACUGCUUGGGAAUUGGCAUGAUGCUCACCUUCAAUGCUGAAGCCCUCUCUAUGGAAGCAAAUGAACAGCUCUUCAAGAAGAUCCUUGAAGUGUGGAAAGAUGUACCGUCGUCUGCAGCUUUUGAGUGUACACAGCGAACGACAGGAUGGGGCCAAAAGGCUAUUGAAGUGCGCUCUUUGCAAUCAAGAAUUCUGGAAAGUGAGCUGAAGCGCAGGUCAAUUAAGAAGCUAAGAUUUCUUUGUACCCGAGGUGACAAGCUGUUUUUUACCUCUACCCUGCGCAAUCGCCACAGUCGGGUUUACUUUAUGACCCUUGGAAAACUUGAAGAGCUUCAAAGCAAUUAUGGUGUUUAAAAGGUUCCAAUGAUUUGUGAUAACAUUUAUGAACAUCAUAUAUAUACAAUUUGCAUCUUCAGAUUUCUGAGAUUAAAUGAGCAUUCAACUAUAUUGUUAGGGAAAAAUUAAAUCAGAAACAUAACUUUUAAUGUAGCACAGAGUAGUUUUAAUAAGAAAUGCAAGUUUAUAUAUAAAAUGAACUAUAGCAAGCUCUAUGUACUCCAGUGGUGUACAAUAUCUUUUGCACAAACUUUUGUAACUUUUGUUACUGUGAAUUCAAACUUUAGUCUUUGGACAGUGUGGACAGUAUCUGUAUUCAGAUUUUACAACAUGGAGUAAAGAAACUUGAUAUAGUUAGAUUAUAAGAAGCUUUGAAAAAAAUUGGCCAGCAAUUUGUUCAAAAAUAAAAAACAUCAACAAACCAUAUUUAAAUUUUCCCAAAGUCAUAUAAAGACUUUGGAACUAUAUAUGAUUUUUCAUAUAAAGCACCAAAGGUUAGAUCAUGAAACAAGAGUCUUAAGAAAUAGUUUAGAAUCUGGGCUAUGGUGGAACAAUCUGGAAUGCCCAGAAAAAACUACAGUGCUAAAGGGGAGAAAGUCAUUAAUUUCCCCACUGCUCCAUGACAAGCCCACAGUUAGAGACCAGUUGUGUUUUUUCCACCCCAUAUUAAGCUGGUUUUCUUCUGGUAAGACUAAAGGAAGAAAGCCUUAGAUGCUUGAUUUUCCUCAGAACCCCUAAAGAUGUGCAAUAAUUGUUUUUACCAACUGCCAGAUCAUAUACUUGUAAGCCUGAAUACAGGACUGUACUCCUAUAUACAUGUACUGUAGAAAUAAUUUUUUAAAAAUGCUUUAAAGCAGGCGUCAAAUUCUACCCCCAAGAACAGAUUGAUUUAUCAAAAUUAUCUGGCCAACAGCAUUCAAUAU